CGUCAUGAUGUGAACCGCUUCUACUCGGUGGGCUGCACCCUGGAUAAUCGCAGGGUUUCCAUCUUGCGACGUCCGUGUCGCCCAUCCAGGGACACAUGGAUGCGAGCAACGGACAAAAGCCCGUUGUCGGGCAACCCCUCACGGGUGGGGUGGCGGCGGACAAGGGCAAGGAGUGGCAGAUGGAACUGUUAAUGGAGAAGCUGCGCUCCAAAGCCUCCACCUUCAAAUCAUUCAUGGAGACUGCCAAGAAUCUCCGCAUGGCUAUGCUGGAUAAGCGGUUUUCUUUGGACAGUGUCGAAAAGAACCAGCUUCAGAAAUGCCUGGACACGCUGCAGCAUUCCAUCAAAGUAACCUCCCUUCAGUCCAUGGUGGAGCGCUUGGAGAGCCUCACUCGACAACUAGGGUUAAAAUUCAUGAUGUCUGGUCCACCAGGCACGGAACUAUUCAUAUCUUCGGAUAUGUUUUUCCUGGAAGUAUUGUUAGAGCCUACUGGAGUGGUCAAAGAUGUAAAGAUACACCACGAAGGAAAGAAUGAACAACAGAGUUGCGAGGAAUUGGUCGCUUGUCUUUCUCGGGGAGAUUUCGUUGACUUUACGACCCAAUUGGAAGGCCUUGCUUCGAUCUACCAAUUGAACGCGGAUAAAAAAGUUAAAUGCAAGGCCUUUAGCGCACUGCAAUCUCUCGAAGCAGACCUCGGUGUGCUCGCCCAGUUGCAGACUUUCAUUAAGGAGCCCUUCAAUCUCGUGCACAAAAGUCCCGUUGGAAUACUGGAGAGGAGAAAAGGUGGUCACGCAAUGAAAUUAACGUACUUCGCGUCUCCUUAUGACUUAAUCGACCUAGACAAUAGAAGUUGUGACGUACUAAGUCCAGAGGUUGUGAUCACAAGGAAGAUCGGUCACUCCGUCACUGUGUGCAUGGAAGGAUCUACGGCGCAUAAAUUGCCAACGUCUAGUAUUAUCACGGUCAACAGAAGUCCUUCUGGAAAAAGUACCCCUUCGUACGCUCCACUGACUGGAGCCAAUUCAUCGAUGUUGCCUGCCUGUUUCGUGCUAAAACUGGCGAGGAAAAUGCCCAUGUGCCUGGAACUGGUUCGCCGGAUACAGAAGGUCACAGAGAUGGAGUGUGGGGACGUGUCGACGCCUCAUCCUCUCUUGAGCCUCAUAGUUCAACACGCCAGCGAGGGCCAGCUCGACUGUCACAACAAUCGAGGACUUUACGUCACUCUGCCGGACCAGCAGCACUGCUACUUCAUGACGGAGAACAAGAGCAUGGAGGGCGUCCUGGUUGGCAGCAUUCCGUUCACCCACCCGGCUCACGUGCCGCAGAUCUUGGUGUACCUUCGACAACAAGCACUCUUCAAUUCUUUGCUGUCGAGCUGCGUGAGGCCGAUGGCUCGCCAGGAGUUGGAGCACACGACGAUGUUCGAGGUGAGCGCUCUGUCCUGGCAGCACAUUUCCGUGAGCUUGGAGCAUCCCUUCGAGGAGACGAUGGCCACGGCAGAGCUCGACCUGACCGACAUUUCGGCCCUGAAGUGCAAGCUGUACGGCGUGAGUAUGACGAAUACCGAGCAGACCUCUGAGCUGGCCGCAAGGGUCUUACAGAGGUGCCUUAGCAUUCCGGUGACAAUGAGGACGCUUAUCAAAACCUGGGAAGGACGAGCUACCUUGGUAACCACCAGUGCCCUCGGUGGUACCGGUGGGAACUAUAAUGUGAAUCUAGGGCCGAAUCGCGACCAGAACGGCCACGGGGGAUCCGGAAUGGGCGACUUCAACGGUGGCGAGGUCAAGAUUAAGCAGGAACCUGGCCUCAACGGGAACGGCACGAUCGGCAGACAGCAGGCGACCUCGCAGCAGUCUUUUUUAGAUGCCGGAACGGAAAGUAGUAUCGGUUUUCCGUCGUUCUCCGGCCAAUCCGAUACAACCACUGCCAUGCUGAACCCACUACAGCUGGGGGCUCUUCUGGGACAAGUGAAGAACAGCAGCUCCCCGACCGCUCUACCGGGUCCUUUGGUCGAGAGGCCGAAGAAGAGUCGGAAGAGGAAAACGGCGGAGGGCGGACUUUGGAGGAGUCCCAAGAGAAAGGGGGAGGAACCGGGAGAGAUCCUUCUGGAGAGCUCCAGCUCGGAUUCCACCCCCUUGGGGACUCCGACGGGUCGCGACAACCCCAGCGAGAUCAGGACACCGACGCCUACGUCGGCAGCCGGGUUACCCGGGAACUUGGACCUCUCCGGGCUAGAUCCUGCGGACAUCCUGGGCAACGACAAGAGCUCGGACUACGACCUGGAGAACGAGACCGAGAUCAUGGAGGUGCACGAUCUUCAGGACGUGGAGGAGCUGCUGAAGCGGGAGAGGAAGACGAAGAAAAGGGAGGAGAAGAAGAGCCCCAACAUCUUCGAGGAGGCCUCGAAGAGCCUCGUACCGCCUUCGGUCAGCAUAACGCCAAUAUCCAGCAGCGGAAUGGGGCCGACCACGAACUACAACUCGGUCCUAACGGGGAUGGGUCUGGAGAGGAGGCCAGGCAUCGAGAUCAUCCCCAUAGCCUCGGCUCCUCAGGCCAGCCUGCCCAGCUCGAUCACCAUCACCCCCAUAGCGGGCCCCAAUGCGAAGAAUCUAACCGACGAGCGCAGAGAGCGCAAGUCCUCGAAGAGCAAGAGCGAGGAGAGGAACAAGCUCGAGAAGAAGCGGAAACGCAAACGCGAGGACAGCCCCAUGGGGCCUCCGGAGAAGCUUCCGCCGAAGCAGGACCCUCUGUCGAAGCCGGUCUCCGUCAGCAUCAAGCCGACGGAAUCGCCGCCGAGCUUGGGCUCGAGGCCAGCCUCGCCCUCGACUACCCUGAGGAAGUUCAGUCCUUCGCCGACGCACACCAGCCCUCUAGCUUUGAUGGGUAAGUCGAGUCCAACCUUGAAACAGAGUGUAGCAAACAAGCCCGUACAGAGUCCGAAACACUCACCCGUUUACAACAGCCCGAAGCAUAACUCGAUACCGGCGAGUGCGAGCCCCAAGCACGGGACCUCGUCCCCGAAGCAUGCCGCGAGCUCGACGAGUGCUGGGAAGCCGAGCAUGUCGGCCCUCAAGUCGGCUGCGAGCUCACCGAGUCCUGGGAAGGGCCCGGAGGCUGCACCGGCCAAGCCGAAAUCGUCGGCGAGAGACCCGGCCAGGGAGAAGGAGCGCAAGACCUCUUCCCUGACUUUUGGGGGGUCGGGCCACCAGAGCCCAAAGGCGAAGUCGUCCAGUGGAAAGCUGAAGCAGCUGGAUCUGACUCCGAGCGGGGAGACUCCACCUUCUCUGCCCUCCAGUGGGGGUAGUACUCCUCCGUCUGGUGGCUCGGACCUCGGGAAAUCGGGAACUGCUCAGCAACAGGCCAGGAACCGCAAGGGCUCCCUCAGCGCGGUGAUAGACAAGCUGAAGAACGCCCAGCACUGCAGCGAGGACGGGAGCAACGGGAGCGCCAAGGUACCUGGAGGAGGGAAUACAGGAGGUGGCGGAGCUGGGGGUACCGCGACUCCUGCGGCUCCGGGGACUGGCCAGAAGGACCGGGGGAACAGCUCGAACAAGGUCGUCGACGGGAAGACCGUAGGCGCCGGAGGGACCGCGAAGAACCCCUCGAUGGACUCUAAGAACCCCGCCGAGUACAUGGUGAAGCACAGCUCGGAUGGCAUGAAGAUCACCAUUAAUAAGACCAGGACCAAAGACUCGAAGUCGACGGCGAACCUGAAGAUCUCGUCCUCGUCUUCGUCUUCGUCGGCAGCGGGCGCGGUUUCUGCGGCGACGGCGGCCUCGGCCUCUUCGGGGUCUUCUUCGGGGUCUGGGAACGGCUCGCCGAAGACGCAUACCGGAUUGAAGCCUGGGGUCAACUCGGGUCCGGCUUCCAAGAAGCCUCAGACCCAGACCUCGCCGAAGACGCUGCCUGGGAGCUCUUCGGGGUUGGGAGGCGGGCCUAAAAUCCCAGGAAUCUCCGGACCUAAGAUGCCGGCCACGAAAUCGGUCACCGGUGGGCCUCUCGUCAAGGGCCUCGCCUCGAAGGCGGCCUCGGGCUCCCCGAAGAUGACCGGCUCGUCCGGGGCCACCGAUCUCAGCAGGAACCGCGACAAACCUCGGAUCCCGAAGUCGGGGGAGAAGGGCGUCUUCGGGACGAAAGGGGUCGACGCGAGGAAGUCCAGCCCUUCGGCGCAGCGCGAGGAGAGCGAGAGCGAGAGGGCGUUUAAGUUGCUCGCUGCUCAUGCGUCCAUGUCCAGCUUACCUAGUUUGCCUCCUCAACUCGUGGUCGAGGGUCUGAUGAAGCAGCUGGACACGAACUUCCAGAUCCCGAAGCUUUCCGCAAGGGUGAACGCCGAGGGAUCCGACAAGAAGCCUUCCGACAAGAGUCUCGUCCAGGACGCGAGCAACCCUGGUAGCCGGGGAACCGGGGAAGUCGCGAACAAGCUGCUCGACGGUUUGGGCCCCAAGGUCCCGUCCGAGGCCAACAAACUCCAGGCCAGUUUGGCCACUCCGAAGCUUCCCCAGGAGGAGCCUCGUCGUGACCAAGUUAAAUCGGAGAACCUCUCGGCAGUGGCUGCCGCCAUGUCCUUGAACCUGGGGAACGUCGGUCCCGGGGGCCUGAUGCCGCCCCUGGUCCCGGCUUCUUCGACCUCUUCAACUCCUUCCGUCGCGUCCGCAGGUGCGCCGGUCGUGGCCAACGUCUCCCACGACUCGGACGUCCCGACGAACCUCUCCAUGCAGCCCGGCGACGCCGAGUCCAGGGAUGCCUGCAAGGACCUCCAGGUGCCUAGACCCUCUCAGCAGUUCCUGAACAGCGCCCCGGUCUCCGGGGGCAAGGACGACUCUACCCCUGGCUCCAAGAUCGGCGAGAACCUCGGCAAGCCCGUGUACCCUGGGAUAGGAUCCGGUCCAGGGAACUCGGAGAGCCUCAACCUGAGCACCAAGCCGGCGGAUGCAGCUUCCAUCAAGUACACCCGGACCCCUGAAGAGAGGAAGUCACCUAGUGCCGGGAUGCCCGGUCCUCUGGGCCCUCCUACUGCGAUUACGCCUCUCGAUGUCGGUGCUACUCCGAAGGCACCCAGCUCCCAGGAGGCUGCGGAGAUGCUUCUCGAUUUUUCCACCCCGAAGGAAGUCAAGGCUCUCACCACCGUCCCCGAGAGGGCCAUGACUCAAGCUGCACCUCUCAGGAGAAACACCCCACCUCCGCCUCCGCCUGCCUUCCCGCCCAGCCCUUCCGUCAGCGUACACAUCGUCAAGAGUCCCGCACCCUCGCCCAGGGUCGUCCCGCCAUCCCCACACUCGGCCUCGCCAUGCAUCACCGAUGACGAGCUCAUGGACGAGGCCCUGGUCGGGAUGGGCAAAUGAAGACUGCUGAUAGCCUAGGCGAGGAAUUCUCGGACGGAGCCUGGUCCCCAGGCACUUGUCCCCAGGAACUACCGAGGGGAUGGCGGUGCUCUGACACCUGGUGCACACAUGAGGGUUUUUCCUGCGUCUUUACUUGCUACGAAUAGUCUUAUGGGUGUCGGAUCAUUAAAAAUGAGCAUGUGUGCAUCGGGGUUAAUCUCGCUCACACCCUGGCCGGAAGUACGUCUGGAGUUCCGGAAACGAGCGUUCUCCAGCGGCACCGAUGGCCUCGGUGAUCUUUCUUCGGGCUUCUCACGCCUCCAGACAAUCCUCCCGACCUCCGUGUGAUUCCGCGAGUGUUACGUCCAAGUGCCAAAAGAGGGGCCAUUUAACCCCUUGGACCCUCCCACCCUGAAGAGACUCGCGCACCCCGGAGACCUCGCCCAGUUUCGGGGGAGAGCUCUCACCUUGACGAGCUGAUCUGCAUGAUCAAGCGAUUUUGUCACCGAAGAAAUUCUCGAGCAAGACGUUCCUCUUUGACGAAGGAUUCGUGGAAUAUUUGUCUCGACAGCGAGGUCUCUUCAGGGUCGGGUACCAUCGACCUUACUCGUCGUCGAGAUUCGCUCCUGGGAGUACCUGCGUCGUAGGCUCGGCCAUCAGGCAAAUCGUCGGAAAUUCAGGCGAAUUGUCGGAAAUUCAGGCGAAUCGCAGAAAAUUCCGGUGAAUCGCAGAAAAUUCCGGCGAAUCGCAGAAAAUUCCGGUGAAUCGCAGAAAAUUCUGGCGAAUCGCAGGAAAUUCAGGCAAAUCGUCAAAAAUUCCUGCGAAUCGCAGAAAAUGCAGGUGAAUCGCAGGAAAUUCAGGCAAAUCGUCAAAAAUUCCUGCAAAUCGCAGAAAAUUCCGGCAAAUCGCAGAAAAUUCCGGCGAAUCGCAGAAAAUUCCGGCGAAUCGCAGAAAAUUCCGGCGAAUCGUCAAAAAUUCCUGCGAAUCGCAGAAAAUUCCGGCGAAUUUUGCGAAUCGUUAGUUUUAAAUAACCGCUCUUCAUAAAGGGAAAGUGUGUAACGUAGAAGAGAGCGAAGGAGAUCCAGUGGGAGGGCGUAUACGAUGAAGAGAAAUCCACUUUGUCCAGAUACGUUUAUUUCCGAGUACUGCCCAUUACGCGCGGGAAUGAACUAUUAUUUAUCGGAUGUCCGAGGGCACCUUCUCGGGGAGUCGUUUCUUUUCGCGUCGUCGGUCUCGUCUGGACCAGGAGGAUCUCUGCCUUUCAACGUACGGAUGAGGAAUCGCCUCGACUCGCGCGAUUCUCAUUUAUUUAGUACAAAUUCCGAACUUUCCUGCGAAAGGAAGGUCAAUCGAGCCGCGGCCGUUUAUUCUUAUUGUUAGGAUUAUGCAGUUUCAGAUUCCAGUGGGACGCAGCUUCGCGAAGACUUCCCCUGCGUUUAGUCGACCCUCGCCAUCUUUCUUUCUUUUUAUUUUUAUUUUUUUUUCUCCUUUUUGAUAACAGUCAACGAUCUUUUCUAUCCGGCGUUCCGUUCAGCGGAAAUCGACCCGGAGGUUUCCUCGUCUUCUGACCCCAGGCUCGAUUUUUCGCCUCGAGGCCGGACCAGGCAGAGUUAUACAUAUGCAUAUACAUACGUACAUGUAUAUAUACUUGCCUGUACAUACAUACGUGCGAGGGAGUGCAUAUGAAAUGUAAUAAGUUAAUUUGUAUAGAGAAGAGAGAUAUAUAUAUAUAUAUACAUAAAUAAUGUGUAUAAUUUUACUGUAUCUACGGUUAAGCGUAAGAAAAGACGUUCGCGAGACUUGACAAAUAAAUUGAUUUCUUUUUUUAA